ACAACAAUACACCACAAGACAUGCUCUACUCAGCCACUAUGUCCUCAGGCAACUUUCCCACGCCGGCUGCCCAUUUCUCCCCUCGUGGAAACUCCCUCGGCCUUGGGCCUACGUCCAGGUAAGGUGGGUUGGGCUUACGUGUCCUCUUUUGUUCUAUCAGGGGCCACAUAUAGUGCACGUUCGACAGGAUCCGGAGUGUGGAGUGACACAAUGAGUAAUGGAAACAUCAUUGUCAAUGGGACUGACUGCCAAGAAGAGCUGUGGGGACAGACAAAGCUCACUCGCGGACCACGGUCUCUACGGCUUGGAUUUCUCUCUUUUUCAUUCGCACUCAGCCUUUCACUGCUUUGUUGCUUGUCCUCGUUAUGUUUGGAUGUAUUUUGUUGCCUAGGCUUUAAAAAGGAGUAUUGUUUUCCGCUCUUCACCUCUAGCUGCUUCUCUGCCAACGAACGCAAUACAACAGCAACCAGAGCCACGACAAUAAGCUAGCUUCAACGAGAACCCCAUUUUCAAUUUCAGGUUUUAAACUUUUGAGAAAAAAAAAAAAAAAGAGGUUCAAGAUCUCUCAUUUACCUGACUUCCCUCUCAUUGGCCACAUUUUUCCACUGCUCGUGGCGUAUCAAUGAUGGUCCAUAUUAUCAUUUAUUGACAUUUCAAUAUCUGGGUUGAAGAAUGCCUGUUUUGAAGUUCUCAGGGAUCUGCGGAGUAAUUAGUUCUUGCAAUAAUUUUUCUGCUUUUGGGUAUUGUGGGUCUUCGAGAUGGAAUUCGGUUAAUUGACUGUUUUGGGGACAUGCCAUUUUCGAAAAGACAAUGCCCUGAGCAAUAACCAUACUGGUUAAAAUGUCUCAAUCAAGUUUUCUUGAGUGGACAGUAGUAUAGGCAUGCCAUGACACACUUUGCAUACCAUGUGAGUCCAUGAAUUACAUCCGAUCUAGCACUGAAUCACUCAAGACAGAAUGCAAGUCCAUUUAACUCCUAGGUUCUCAACAAAAUGAUUUUCACGCAGAACAACUUGUGGAUGGAAGUUUCAAGAAUUUCAUAUCUGGUUUUUCUCAUGAUGAUAUGGACUUAUCUCUUGGGCAAAGCUUGGAUGGAAGUUUCAGGAAGUCUAACUCUGUUAUCUCUGCUCACAGUAUUUCUGGAACUUCGGCUUCAAGCAAGUUCUUUCCUACUUCCAGAAAAUUGUUCAAAGGGCUAAAGGAAUAUGGAAGGAAACUCACCAACCUGGAACUUUUCACACAGAGUCUUGAGGAUUGGGUUCUUGAGAAUUCAUGUGCAGAUUUAGCCAAUGAGGAGCAGCAUUUCAGUUCUCCCUUUCUGGUUGAUGAAUUGCACAAGCUUGAUUUAGCAUUGGAGGGGGUGCUAUUUCAGCAGUUGUACCGUAUGCCCUGCUCACGAUCUCUACUAGCUGAUGAGCUUAAAGAAGAUGAGUAUCUUGCACUAGAAGACUUCCUUCAUGUUGUGGCAAAUGGCUUGUGGCGUACUUUUUGGCAUAGAACUGGGCCAUUUCCAUUCUUUGUAUCUUGUCCCCGACAUCCUGGAUCAAAGUUUUAUAGUGUAGAAAAGUCAAUAUCAAGAGGAAGGCUUAAAGAGCUUUGUGGUGUAGCUUUGUUGUCGAAACCUGGGGGUGAGGUGCAAGUUCACUGGGACCAAGUGAUGGAGUUUGUAUUAUUUAAGCAAGAUAUAUUGUCAGGGAAUGAGUUGAAAUUUUCUGCUGGCACAAUUUGUGAAGCUCUAUUUUAUGGUUUUCAUAUACUUGUUUCCAGGAGUUUGAGCAAGAUCAGUACUGUCAGCAGUGAUUCUGUUUUCCUUCUGGUUCUAGACUCUAGAUAUGGAGGGGUGGUAAAAUUUGGUGGUGAUCUCAGCAAACUCGAUUUAAACUCAUCUAACCCAUACCAGGCCAUGGCUGAAUGGAUGAAAGCCCACGCUCAAGUUAGUGUUUCCUCAGUAGAUCGGAUGUGGAACAAAUUAGGGAAUGUGAACUGGGGUGACCUGGGUACCCUGCAAGUACUUUUGGCAACUUUUUACACCAUAGUCCAGUGGAAUGGACCACCAAGAAAGUCAAUAGCCUCAUUAGCUGCAGAUCAUAGCCUCCGCCUUCAGAAGCGUAGGAUAGAGUGUUGCCUUGUUGAGAAUCAAUCUGCAUUGGUUCCCUUCCAGCUGGCUGGUCACCAACAUGGAGAGAUUGUUGAACUUGACCAGAAUGAUAAUUCAUUUCUCAGAAAGCAGGCAUUGCGUUUGAAGCUUAAGAAGGGUGAGAUAUUGCUUUUGGAUGAUCAACGGCAGGGGCAGAAAAGUUUCCAAAUACAGGAGUCUCUUGUAGUAGGGAACAAUUUUCUAUACAGCGCUAUUUCUCUUGAUUAUCCAACGGAGUUGUUGUCUUUAUAUGUAGGUGCCCAUCCAUCCAGACUUGAGCCAUCUUGGGAGGAUAUGAGCCUGUGGUACACUGUACAGAGGCAAACAAAAGUACUAAAUAUUUUGAAGCAACGGGGAAUUUCAAGCAAAUAUUUGCCUGAUAUAAUUGCCUCUGGUCGCAUUUUGCAUUCUGGUCCCUGUAUGAAGCAGAGCCCAGGAGGGCGAUGUGAUCACCCAUGGUGCGGGACUCCAAUACUUGUGACAUCUCCAGUUGGUGAGCCACUUUCAUCUGUUAUUGCUCGGGUUGGCCCAUUCUCCUCUGAGGAAGCAAUCCGCUGCUGCCGAGACUGCUUAGCUGCUCUAAGAAGUGCAGCUAUGACCAGCGUCCAACAUGGUGAUAUUUGUCCGGAAAACAUAAUUCUUGUUGUUGACAUGAAAGGUGCAAGAAACAGUUUUUUGUAUGUACCAAUAUCAUGGGGACGUGCAGUUCUAGAAGACAGAGACAGCCCAGCAAUAAAUUUACAAUUCUCAUCAUCUCACGCCCUUCAGCAUGGGAAACUUUGUCCAGCAUCUGAUGCUGAAAGCCUGGUUUAUCUCCUCUUUUUUAUUUGUGGGGGAAGUAUAGAACAGCAGGAUUCUAUUGAAUCUGCUCUGCAAUGGAGGGAAAGAAGCUGGUCAAUGCGUUUGAUUCAGCAGAAGCUUGGUGAAGUUUCAGCUCUCUUGAAGGCAUUUGCGGAUUACGUUGAUAGUCUUUGUGGAACCCCAUACCCACUUGACUAUGAUAUAUGGUUAAAAAGAUUGAAUAGAGCCGUGGAUGGCUCAGAUGAUAGAGGUAAGAUGAUUGAAGAAGUAGCCAUAACAUUGAGACUAGAGGACGUUGCGGAGUCCUCAGGAACCACUGGAGGUGGUACUUAAGCUUAGUGCUGAGGCAGGGAUGAACUUUGGAUGUUUGCUUUUGUAGCUAAAUUUGGUUUGGAUUCAACCUCAGUUUCUUCAAGAGAUUCUUGGGACUUCAAGAUCUACGGUUUGAUAACUUUUUCAGCAAUAGUUCAUAUUGAAGUUAAGCUGGUUGCAAUUUGUCUGUUGGUUUUCUCUAAUACGAUUUGCAUUGUAAAUUUACUUAAACGGUGACAUACACCAAUCUUGUCCUUUACUGGCCUUUUCAUUUAUUACUCCAAGGAGGACAACCCCAGACCUAAGCAAUCCCAUAAGAAAGAUUAGCCCAAGAUUGACCUCUUGAUUAUUUUCAGCAGGUAUUAUACUGGAUUAUUCAUUCUCCGUGGACAUUCUCAAGUCUAUCAAUUUGUUCCAGUUUAUGAGCUAAUUAUAUGCUACUCAAUGUAAGGGGUGAUUGUUGUAAGAUGUCAGGAAAUUUAAGAUGUGUUAUUA